GUAAUUGUGAACAAGAUGGCGACGUCCAUCUGUAGGACGUUGAAAUCCACUCAUCUAACAACAUGUCAUAAUAUUAAGUAUGUUGCGCAGCUGCUGGACGUGCGGCUCCCGAGGUGGAUAGUGGUUCCGGUCCGCACUAAGAAGCGCUUUUUCAUUCCUCCGGCUGUGAACAUGAAACAGAAAACACAAGCCGAGCAGGAAGCUAAAGCCCGAGCUGCGGGUGUGGUGGUUCGGCAGCAGUACAUGGAGAGAGCCAUCAACAUAUCAUGCACAGCGGGAAUCUUUGAUCCUUACGUUCCUCCUGAAGGAGAUGCUCGCCUUUCCACACUGUCCAAAGAAGGUCUGAAACAGCGCACCGAGCAGCUCCGUCAGAGUGCAGCUUCACAGCUGGCGAUUCGUAAAAUAAAAGACCACGACCCAGAGUUCUCCACAAAAGAGUUCCCAUCUAGAGCACAGGAGAUUUUCAUCGAGGCUCAUGCAGCACUCACACAGUUUAACAAGGAAAAUCUUCAUUCUUUGGUGACAGAGAGGUGUUACCCAGAGAUGGUUCGGGGAAACCGCUAUAAGACUCUGCGCUGGCGCUUCAUUGAGUCACUGGAACCACCACGGGUGGUUCAUGCACGAUGUCCUGACAUGAUCAGCAAGGGUAACCUGUAUGCUCAGGUGACUCUCCGCAUGCACUCCAGACAGACAUUGGCAAUCUAUGACCGCUUUGGUCGGUUGAUGCUUGGGGAUGAGGAGGAACCCAGGGAUGUCCUGGAAUACCUGGUGCUAGAGAGGCAUCUGGUCAACCCUUAUGGGCGCUGGAGACUUCACGGCAAGAUUGUUCCAGCAUGGGCUCCACCAAAAGAUGCCAUUAUUAAGACUGUAAUGAUUCCUGGCCCUAAGCUCAAGCCCGAGGAAGAGUUUGAGGAUCUGAAUUACCAGGUACCAAAGCCCAAGGCAGUGCAGUGGUACAAGUAAUUCUGAAUGGUGGUGCCUUGUUCUGCCCCAGCAAAUGUCCGUUCUGUACAGACUGAUUCAAAAUGUUCAUCAUCUUCCUAAAUAAAUGUUUGCUGUAUUUAUGCAAUUUUGGGUUGUUGCUUUUCCUCACCUUUUUAUGUUAUGUUUUUACUUCUUGAUGGCUCAAAAUUCACAGGGACAUGCACAAGGACUGUAUAUUUGUUAAAUACAGUGAUUUAACACACACAUACAUUGAUCACACAUGAAACUUGAUUAAAAGCUACUUUGUGUGGUUGAAAAGUUUAUUUCAGAAUGAUCAUUUGACAGAUUUUCAAGAAUAUAAAAAUAAAAUGUUGCAUUUAUUUCACAUUGACUUAAGUUAAUGGAAACUUCUUUUGGCUACUAUUGAAAAUCGACUGUUCUCAUACAAAAAUGUUCCCUCAUACAAAAAGACAGUUUAAUUUUCCUGGUUGGGAAGUUACUGUAACACUG